AUGGAGGAUGGGUUCAAUGGUGGCUCAGGAAUCAAUGGUGGCUACCAGAUAUCAAGCCAAGUGAGGGAGAGAUAUGGGCAGCAGAAGGCAUGGAUGGAUUCAUUUCGUCGAGGCUCCCGGUCGUAUGUGGAACCGGUUGUUCCGGGUGUUACGGAUUUGGACAACCCUCUCCACACCUCCCUCUUCCCACCUUACGUCGAUUCUAGCGUUGAGUUCUCGUUUCUGUUGAACUCGUGCCUUGAUGUAUUCGAGAUACGUCAGAAGCAAACCUCGGUUGAUCAGGACCUAGGCCUGUUACACGCUGUGGAUGAGCGAUUAGCAGCAUAUGGCUGGCUUACUACGACCGGAGUGAAGCUGCUCGUGGUGGUCGACUUGAUCGGACAGGCAGUGUCUUCUAAUAACGAAGGCCACAAAGUCUCUUCCGCGAAUGGUGUGAAGGAAUCGGAUCUGAGGCCGGUCUUUCGAGCUUUACAAAUGGCAUAUAUACAACUUAUACAGAAUCCGUUCUACUCCCCAGAUGGCCAUGGCCACGCAGUGAAAAUGACUACCCCGGCCUCAGAUUCCUUACCAAUAACCAAUUCUAAAUUCAUCUCUGAAGUAAAGCGCAUUGGCAACUCCUGGGUGCCAGGUGCGGCUUUACUGUGA